AUGGAUCACUAUUUUGCAUCACCCAGCUUAUCACCACCUUGGCUCCAAUCCCGAAAGCGUCGUCAUUAUUUGGAAAGUGACAGUGACGAUGAAGAAGAAGAUCAAGUUGACCACAAGCUGCAUCAUCAACAACAGUUACAGCAAGCACCAGCAUGCUUUGGGGCACCAGCAUCACCUGUUGAGCAAUCGCAUCAUCAUCAUCAUCAACUCCAUUACCCAUAUCAGCAACAGCUACCGCACCCGAUCCUUACAAGUAAUGGUGGCUACCACAUGAAUCCCAUUAUUGAUUUCAGCGGGUUCUCGUAUGGUGCAUUGUUCAGUCCUGUUUUAUUCCCGCCGGCACCACCACCAUUGCCUGUGAUAAGCAGCAGCAGCACUACAACCAAUAACAGCACUGCAAGUGCAAACACUAUGAUGCCCCCAUCACCACCUACUACGGUGUCUUAUGUACCAUCUUCUUUGCCUUCCGCAGCAACAUCGCUUCAAACCAAUGUUGGUGAUGCAAGCGAAUCACCUUCAUUAUCCACCAUGGAUACUCGUUCACCAUCUCCAUUGUCGUCAUCUUCAGCUGCUGCUGCUGUUGCUGCUACUGCUGCUGCUGCUGCAAUCGAUGGAUCUGAACCCAUUUUUCAAGCCAAGCCAUCAACAACAGCACCAUCAUCACCAGCAGCAAAGCCUACAACACGGCGAAAAACUACCAAAUCCAAACGAAGCAAAACAUCAUCAUCCAACAAGGAGCGCAAACACGCAGGUCGUAGGGUAUCACCGGAAUCUCCUGAUGACACUGAACAACGUAUAUUCAAAUGCACUGAGCCUACAUGUGGCAAGUUGUUCAAACGAUCUGAACAUGUCAAACGCCAUUAUCGAUCGAUACACUCCAAGGAAAAACCCUAUGAAUGUCCAUACAGCACAUGUCUUAAACGAUUUUCACGAUCGGAUAACCUUAGCCAACACAUUCGAAUCCACCGACAGCAAGUACCCAAGGAUGCUAUGUACAAACAAGUCCCAAGGACGACCGACGACGCAACCAGCACCACUACUUCAUCUCAACGAUAA